CCGUCAUCGCAGCUCCCCGAAAACCGCCAUCCCAUCAGCCUCUAACUCCUCGUCUCAAGAGUCAAGACUCUUGGCCAGUACCCAGACAGAAGACCACGGCCUCCGCAAUCGUGGCGUCGUCUAACCUUCUCGAGACCGUCCACUCGACUACACAGUCCCUGUUUGGCGAACCUGCAGCGAACGUUUUAACGGCAGUGCUUGGGAAUGCCACGAAGAGCCUCGAAUCCUUCCUCGUCGCACUCAACCUGACCGCCCCGCCCGACCCUCCCCUCACCUGGCCAGAAAGAAUCUCCGCAUCCAUAGCCACCUUCUUCGACUUCCUCUCCACCCGCUCGGCGCUUGAGAACACCUCCAUCCUCCUCGCCAUCUGCACCUUCCUCUUCCUCCUCACCCGCAACGCCAUAACCAUGGCCUGGACUUCGCGCUUUGGAAAUCUCGGCCGCUUCUCCCCCUUCACGCGCUCCCCUCAAAACUCCGUCAGCGGAUCGUCGAAGAGCGAGAGUCCCGCCGAUUACGGGCCACCACGAGACGAGGAUGUGCUGAUACUACGGAACAAGAGGCAGGAUUAUGUGGUUCAAUGUCCGGCGUACAGUAUUGCCAAGGGGGAGUUGAAGAUACGGGAUGUCAGGGAGGCCGCGGCGAAGAAGUUGAUGGCGGGAGAUCCGAGUCGAAUCAAGCUGCUGUACAAGGGAAAGAAUUUGAAGGACGACAAUCGAACUGCCUUACAAGAAGGGUUGAAGGAUGGGUGUGAACUGCUCGUCUCCGUGGUAGAGGCUGCCCCUGCUUCCCGCGAUGACACUGGCAGUGAAGACGAUGAUGACGACGAUGAGGGAGAAGUAGUCAAUGGCGAGGUGGUGAAGAAGCGAAGGAAUCGCGGCAAAAAGUCGAAACGAAAGAACAGACGCGAACAGCAAACCUCCGGACAAUCAUCCCCACGACCUCCGCCAACUCCAGCGACUCCUUUAGACAAACUCAAUGCUCUGCACCAAACCCUCGCAUCGUUCCAGACAGAAGUGGAUGCUUUCAUCGCGAAUCCGCCGGCGGAGGCUGCGAAGAGGGAUUACGAGCAUAAGCGAUUGUCAGAGACGAUCUUCACGCAAGUGCAGCUGAAGCUGGACGCUGUGGAGACGGAGGGGGAUGAGGAUGCGAGGACUAGGCGGAAGGAGUUGGUCAAGGAGACUCAGAGGGUGCUUGGGAUGUUGGACGCGGCGGUGUCGAAGCCAUGAGGCCGCUGGUUAUGAUUGGCGUACGUUUGCUGCGGCGGGAUGCAUACGAGCGAUUCAGGAGUUUGUUGGGGUAACAUCAGAUGCAGGCAUGAUCUAUAGCGGCUGAACUACGUUGAGUCUUCCCCGACACACCCCCACCCUACGUGCGUGUUCCGAAUGUACUGUCUAUUCAUUGAGGCUUGCAUGGCAUAGGCAGCCACGCAGCCCAAGUCGGAUGGAGAUCGGGACGAUUCGGAGCAAAGAGCUGGGCCUCCUUUGGCCUGGCCCGCGCCACCUUAGCCCGCCCCGCGCCCUCGGCUCGUCUCCGCAAAGCUGGGGAGCUUGGGCGUGGUUGGCGUCGGGGGACGAUCGAUCGCCGCAUAACUUAUUACAUCUGAC